AGAGAUGCAGAGAUGCAGCACCAGUGGCAGGGAAACACACCCGUCAGCCGCACGCUGAGGGAGAAAAAAUAAAUCACGGACAAAGACAACAUGGAUGCGUUGGAGAGGUAUCCAUUCAAACAGAAUGGAUGUGCCGUUCCUCCUGCUCUUAACGGGGAACCAAUUAUCUUAUUUUAAUGCGGUGGUGGGAGGCGAGGUACUGCAAGCUAAAAAGGCGGAAAGCUGUAUUUAAUCCGUCUGCGGAUCCCAUGAGCUUGCAAUGGCUGUUACGAGGAUAUGUAACUGUAUAGGAAACAAUGUGGCUCUUUCUUUUGUUGUAUUUUUCUUAUUUUGUGGCCUUUCACUUGGACAACUACGGUACUCCAUUCCUGAGGAAUUAGAAAAUGGAGCGGCGGUGGGGGAUCUUGUGCAGGAUUUGGGGUUGGAUAUCCGAAAGCUCUCAAAUCGAAAGAUAAAGGUAACCUCCACCACUGGAAAACGGUAUGUGGAUGUCAAUCCCAAAAAUGGAAAAUUAAUUGUCACUGAAAGAAUCGACAGAGAGACGUUGUGUGAUUUAAGCAGCACCUGUCUUAUAAAUUUAGAGGUGCUUUUUGAAAACCCAUCAGAGGUGCACAAUGUUGAGGUGGAGAUUGUGGAUGCUAAUGACAAUGCGCCGACGUUCCCUAGAGAUGAGUAUCAAUUGGAAAUGACAGAAUCGGCUUUACCAGGGUCUCGUUUCCCCAUUGAGAAUGCCCUGGAUCCGGACGUGGGAUCCAACUCCGUUCGUCUAUAUCGACUCAGCCCAAACGAACACUUCGCGCUGGAUUCCAACAAACCCUCCAUCAACAGCAAGCACAUUGAGCUCGUGCUCAAAAAGCCCCUUGACCGCGAGCUGGCGCCUUACCACCAAUUAAUUCUGACUGCUGCUGAUGGCGGAACACAAGCAAAAACCGGUUCAGCUAAAAUUAAUGUGCGAGUCCUGGACACCAAUGACAAUGUCCCUGUAUUUGACAGCUCAGUGUACAAAGUAAAAUUGUUAGAAAACUCACCAAAAGACACACUGGUCAUCAAAUUGAAUGCCACAGACCUUGACGAGUGUACCAAUGGCGAGGUGUAUUAUUCUUUCAGCAGCUACACAUCUGAGAGAGUCAGACAGAUGUUCAGCAUGGACAGCAACACGGGAGAGAUCAGAGUGAGGAGCAAUGUGGACUAUGAAGAGACCAACUCUUAUGAGAUGUAUAUCCAGGCCAUGGAUAAAGGCCCUGGUGCUGUGGCAGCCCACUGUAAGGUGGUGGUGGAGGUGGUGGAUGUGAAUGACAACGUCCCAGAGAUAGUCCUGUCUUCUCUCUCCAGCCCAGUGAGGGAGGAUGCCCGGGCUGACACCGUGGUGGCCCUGAUCAGUGUCACAGAUCGGGACUCUGGUGCUAACAAACAGGUUAGCCUAGAAAUACCCCUGGGCCUCCCCUUCAAGAUCAAGUCCUUUAGAAACUACUACACCCUGGUCACCUCCGCCUUCCUGGACCGUGAAACCACCGCUGCCUACAAUGUCACCCUCAGCGCCACUGACGCCGGCACCCCACCCCUCUCCUCCCAAAAGACCAUACAUGUGGAUGUGGCUGACGUGAAUGACAACCCGCCACGCUUCGAGCAGACCUCCUACACGGUCUAUGUGACGGAGAACAACGCCCCCGGGGCCUCGCUGUGCACUGUGAAGGCCCAGGACUCAGAUGUCAAUGAGAACGGACGCAUCACCUACACUGUCCUCAAUGACAACAACCAUGGGAUCCCUGUCACCUCUUACGUCUCUGUGAAGGCCGAAACGGGAGAGGCCUACGCCCUGCGCGCCUUUGACUAUGAGUCACUCAGGGAGUUCCACUUCCAGGUCAAAGCUCAGGAUGGGGGCAUUCCACCCCUCAGCCGGGUGGCCACUGUCUACAUCUAUAUCAUGGACCAGAACGACCACGUGCCUGAGAUCGUCAAUCCCCCAGGCAACGGUACGCGCUCCACAGAGACAGUCCUGAAGAACGCUGAGGCUGGCGCCCUGGUGACCAAGGUGGUGGCGUACGACGCAGAUGCAGGUCCCAAUGCCUGGCUGAUCUAUGUGUUGGAUCAGUGCACAGACUUGGAACUGUUCAAGGUGCAUGAACACACAGGGGAGAUCCGCACCACACGCAGGGUCUUGGAGGACAACUCCACCUCCUUCAGCAUGACGGUGCUGGUGAGGGACCACGGCCAGCCGCCUCUCUCCUCCACUGCCACUGUCAAUGUGGCUGUCAUGGAGGUGCCACCCAAGGUGACCCCUGACCCUAAGAGGGUCAUCCGGCCCCACAGCACCCUGCUCUUUUCUAAUUUGACCCUAUAUCUGAUCGUCGCUCUGAGCUCCACCACCUUUGUGUUCCUGGUAACUGUGGUGGUGCUGGCCAUCGUGCGCUGCCAUGCCUACUGCACCCAGCCUGGGUCCUGCUCCCCCUGCUGCGUAUCCCAAAAGACCCUCCCUGACGGCGGGAGCAGCAGUAUAGUAGGUGGUGGUGGGGGACAACCAAAUAACAAUGUGGCGCUGCGGAGAGACCUCAAGGUGGAGCCUCACUACAUUGAGGUGCGUGGGAAUGGCUCUAUGACCAAGACCUACUGCUACAAGACCUGUCUGACGGCCACCUCAGGCAGCGACACCUUCAUGUUCUACAACACAGGCCGGCCCAUUAGCGGCACCUGGGGUUCUGAGCGCUUCUUCACAGGAGGUAGUGGGUUUGUACGGAGACUAAGCAUGCCCGACGCUUCACUGCAAGUCUGCCCAGAGCCGAAGGCCCCAAAUGCUGACUGGCAAUACUCCACUUCUCUGAGGACAGGGAUGCAGAGCUCGGUCCAUAUGGAGGAGUCGUCAGUGAUGCAGGGAGCCCAGGGGAUGCUGGUCCAGAACUGGCCCACAGUGUCCAGUGCUGCAGAUGGUGAAGGGAGUGAGCAGGAUGACAAGAGUGAUUUCAUUUCCUUCGGCAAGAAGGAGGAAGCCAAGAAGAAGAAAAAGAAGAAAGACAAGGGGAAGGAGGAUGUGGACGAGUAGAGGAGAAAGGGGAGAUAUAAAAACAGAGCUACCAACUAAAGUCCAAAUAACAGCUGCAAGACAAAAAGCCAAAUGUAUAUUUUCGAAUCAGGAGAGUCUCCAUGUGUUGUGUUUGCAUAGUUAAGUCUGCCCAGCCAGGUCCCCAUUAGCAGAGGCCUAUCUCUGUAAAACAUGUAAGCAGCCAAUAGUAUCCUCUGCCAGAUUGGCCCUCUGAAGCUUCCAUACCUCUGGCUAUAAAACACUAUUUUUAAAUAUAUUUAAUAGGCUCUCAUUUACCAGACAUUUGCUGAAAAUUCCACAAAAAUCUCUUUGAUUAGAAUAACCUAAAGAUGAUAAUCCAAUCAACUACCGAUAGAUACCCAGACGUUUCAUGUAUAAAAUGCCGUACAGUAUGUGAGAGAAACCUCACAUACCCUAUUAAUGGUGGUGCUAUAGUCCUGCCAGCCAGCUAUAGUCCUGCCUGCCCGCCUCCCCAACCUUGCUUGAAAUGGGACCCUUCUCCCUGGCCCUUCUGGCCCCUUGUUGGCAUCUCUGUCUUUACUCUGCCCCUUAUGAUUUUUGAGGAUUACAAAAUGAGUCCUUAUACCUUGUGUUAAGCUAUGAACUGAUAUCAAAGAAACACUAACGUAAUACUGAAUCAUUUACUCACCAUCGAUAUAUAUCCCGAACAUCUUUGAAAAUGUUUUUAUAAUGUUGAGAAAAGAAAACUAACAAAAUUGUAAAAAAAAAAAAAAAACCUAAUCUUGAUGUACUCUCUGCUUGUGUUUCCUGAGUCAUCUGGUGCCUGUAUGGCACUAAGCAGUCGACUGCGACAUUGCAGAUCUGUUAAUAACAUUUUUGUACACCUGCUCAUCAAUGUAAUGGUGAUAUAGUGAUUUGUCUUUUUUAUUAUUUGAUGGAUCUGGUAUCGUGUUUUGUUUAUAAAUCACAAAUAAAAUGGUAUUUCUUAAAUAUUGGGAAAAAAA